AUGAAUUCUAUUCAGCUGUGCUACACUCCAGCACUGGGGGGAAACACUGUGGCGGAGGAUCGUCCUAUGGUGGAAGUGGACACCAUCGUAAGGGAGGAUUCAGCUCAAGCAGUGCAAGAAGCUAUAGCCAUGUGUCCAAACAUAGCUCUGGUCAUGGCCACUGUUAAUGAAGUGGAAAUUUGUCUGAGACCUGCACUUAAGAACUUCAGCUCAUUAUCUGCACAUAGCGGGUAUACAGGCAAACUAUUGGCCACUCAUCAUGAAGCUCAUUGCUUUAACACCAGAAGUCUUUAUAAUACUGGUUCAAAUAGGAAGAACAUUUCAGUAGGUAAUUUCCAGUGGUUAAAAAAAAGACCAUCAGAUUAUGGUAUGGGAUAUGAUGCUGGGAGAUUUGUCUAUAAUUUGGAGGACUCAGUUUGUUCUAGAAGAAUAAUCCCUGUUACAGUCAACCAAAGUCUAUUGAAGCCUAUCAACUUGGAGUUUGACCCAAGAAUCCAGAGUCUAAGGACAGAUGAGAAAGAUCAAAUCAAGGGUCUUAACAACAAAUGUGUUUCUUUCAUUGACAAGGUGAGAUCUUUGGAACAACAAAAAAAUAUGCUUGAAACCAAGAUGACUAUAUUGCAGAACCAAAAUACUGCCCACUAUUCAAUUGAAUCACUUUAUAAAGCUUACAUUAGGCAUCUUGAGAGACAAAUUGUAAAUAUAGCAAAUGAGAAUAAAUAUUUAGAUUCAGAAAGAAGAAAUAUUGAAGAUAUUGCUGAAGCACUGAAACAUAAAUAUGACCAGGAAGUCAACAGGCAUGCCAAUGCAGAGAAUGAAUUUGCUGAAUUAAAGAAGGAAUUUGAUAAAACUUUUAUGAACACAUCUGAACAAGUUGCAAAGCUGGACUCAUUAACUGAUAAAAUCAGCUUCCUGAAAAUAACAUUUGAUACGGAAAUUGCCCAGCUCCAGGCUAAGAUCUCAGCUAUCUCAGUCAUUGUUUCCAUGGAUAACAACAUAGACCUGAAAAUGGACGGUAUUAUUGCUGAGGUUAAAGCACAGUAUGAGGAAAUCGCUAACAGGAGCAGAGCUGAGGAUGAGGCCUUGUAUCAGUCAAGGUUUGAAGAGCUACAGAUCACUGCAGGUAGAACAGGAAAUGACCUACAAGAUGUGAAUGAGCAGAUCUUUCAGCUGAAUCGAUUUAUUCAACAAAUGAAAAAAGUAAUAGAGCGCGUCACAGCACAGCGUGCUACACUAGAAGCUACCAUAAUACAGAUUGAAGAAAAAGGUGAGUUGUCUGUCGUUGAUGCCAAAAAAAAGCUGACUGACCUGGAGGCUGCUCGGCAGAAAGCUAAGCAGGACAUGGCUGCCCAUCUGCGUGAGUACAAGGAGCUGAUAAAUGUUAAGCUGGCACUGGAUAUUGAGAUCGCAACUUACAGGAAACUGCUGGACGUAGAAGAAUGUAGGUAA